AUGGCAUCUAGCAUAACGGAUGUGUAUCGCAGGAAUGACUUACAGCAUUCAUGUAGAGGUGGUGGUGAGGGAACGGCUGGAAUAAGCGCUACUCACUUGGCUGCUAUGGAUCGAAAAAGAGCAGCCUCGACAGAGCUGAACAGAUCGAGUGCCGAUAAAAGAAGGUAUGAACUGUGGCCAAAAUUAUUCCACGAGAAUGUGCAAUGCCAUUCCAGCGGCUUCCAAAGAAACCGAGUCAUGUAUUUCAUCACGGUAUCGCUCGUUCCCGUUCUCCAAGAUGACGAAAGAAAUGAUCGACGAUUAAUCUGUUCAGAAAAAAAACUAAUCUCAGUACAUUCUGACGAGAAGAAUGUGGAUCAAUUAAGCAGUUGA